AUGUCUUUUGCAUUUGGAUUCACCAAUGAAGAUCUCAGCGACGAUGAUCUUAAUGGAAAUAACACUAAGAUAGAGACGACUCAAACAUCCCAAAAUGAGAGUGCUUUAGACACAUUUCAGGUACGCCCCGAACACCAACCACAGGCUCAUUCCCUAAAUCAGAUCCUCAGGACGUUGGAAAAUGUUCGACUCACACUCGAUAACUACACCACCCCAAAUGGCCAUAUAGUCUACAGAAGGGAGCUUUUUGAUGUCAAGCAUCAGAUCAUGAUGGAGGAUAAGGAUGUACUGAGCAAAUUAAGCGAAUUACUAAUCGAACGUAACGACGCAGACGUUCAAAGCAACGUUUACGAAGGAGGAUUCAAAAGCUGGGAGUGCUCAUAUGAUGCAGUAGAUGAGAUACAUGAGAUUAUUGAUAAAAAUCGUUUCCCUGUGUUUAGCCUGUCAAUAUUGGAGUUAGGAUGUGGAACCGCUUUACCUAGUAGUUUUAUUUUAAAACAAAAGUUUGAGGACCGUAACCAGCAAGCAAUGAGCAUCGUUUUGUCCGACUUCAAUUAUGAUGUUCUCAGGUUAGUAACUGUACCCAAUAUGUUGAUCAAUUGGGCCUCAACGCUUCCAGUGGAAGAAUUGCAUCGAUUAACUACUGACGAUGUCAAUUGUCGAUUUGAAAAUAACGAGGUACUUGUCACAGAAGCCCUCAUCAAUGAAUUUGGAAGGCAGUUGCAGACACUCAAUGUCCUGCUUAUACUAGUUUCAGGAUCAUGGGGUAGGGAAUUCAACAACGUUGUCAAAGGCAACAAAAUUGAUUUCAUUAUCAGCUCAGAGACCAUCUACUCGACUACGACAUUGCCAGUGGUGGCCGAGUCUAUAAAAGACAUACUCGAAAAAGCAGGUACCGAGCACGGACUUGCCCUAAUAGCAGCAAAGAAUAUCUACUUUGGCGUUGGUGGAUCAGUGAUUGAAUUUUUGACAUAUUUCAACUCGAUUAAAGACUCCCAUUUCAAAGUUGAACUGAAGGAAAUUGUUGAUUCACUGCUAAGGAGGUCGUUGAUUAGCAUUGGGUACGACGGGUUCAACAGCACAGUCGCAAAGUCGGCACCAAGAACCUUGUCCAAUGCCUACAUUGGUAACUUAGAAUCUAGAUGGACGACCUUACCAAAGGAAGACCAACAAACCAUCAUAGAGGAAUUGAAAACUAGAAUGGAGUUGCCAUGGAAAGAGUUGUCCCCUGCUGAGAAGAAAGCCGCUUAUUACAUUUCCUUUGGCGAAUGGGGACCAAGAAGACCGUUAUAUGCUCCUGGGGAGAAGUCACAAAUCUUCUGGAUUGUCACCGGUUGUGUCGUGGGAUCAAUCGCUUUGUUUGCCGGUAUCAAGUCAUUGGCCAAAAAACCUCCAGCAUCUUUGAACAGAGAAUGGCAAGAGAAGUCGGACGAGUACUUGAAAUCAAAGAACGCCAAUCCAUUCUCAGGUUACUCACAAAUCCAAUAA